AUGGAUGGCGACGGAUCGGCGAAAGGUGGUGACGACGAUUGUAACAAGCCGUACGAAGAAGGCGAAGAUGACUACAACGUGGGAGAUGACAUGUACGGAGACGAAGGUGAUUAUGGCGAGGAAGGUGGUGCCGAGGGUUCAGGAAAAGGACGGCCGCACCCCCCUGGCGAUGGGCUUCACGAGGGGGGCGACGGCGAAGAGUACGGCGAGGAAUACGGCGAAGAGGACGCAGAAGGAGAAUAUUACGAGGAGGAAGAGGGUGUUGAGGGGCAGAAGGUGGGAGGCGUGAAGGGCGAAGGAGAGGGGGAAUACGAGGGGGAGGAAGGGGACUGGGAGGGCGAAGGCGAGUAUUACGAUGAGGAAGGCGAAUACGUGGAAGGGGGUGGCGAUGGUGGAGCGAAGGCGGCUGGCGAGGGAGAGGAGCACUACGAGGGCGAGGAGGGGUACGGCGAGGGCGAGGAGGACGGGGAGUGGUACGGGGAAGAAGGCGAGGGGCACGCGGAGGGCGGAGGGGGCGCGGAAGGUGGGGCGCACGCAGAAGGGGAAGAGUAUGCAGAAGGGGGGGAGUACGGGGAAGAGGGGGAGUGGGAUGAGGAGUAUGGUGAAGAGGGUUAUGGGGAGGAGGGGGAGUAUGCGGAAGAAGGGGGAGAGUACGCGGAAGAGGGGGGAGAGUACCCGGAAGAAGGGGGAGAAUAUGCGGAAGAAGGGGGAGAAUACGCGGAAGAAGGGGGAGAAUACGCGGAAGAGGGAGGAGAGUAUGCGGAAGAAGGGGGGGAACACGCGGAAGAGGGGCGCGAAGAGGAAGGUGGUGGUGAUGUUCUUGCGGAGGGGGCAGAGGGGGGCGAAGUUGAAGAAGAGCUGCCGCGGGAAGAGGGGGAUAUGUAUGCGGAAGGGGAGGACAUGUACGGGGAAGACGGGGACAUGGGCAAGAAAGAGAGCGGCAAGGGCAGCGCGGAAGGGGCUGAGGGCGGAACGGAGGAGGCGGAUGAACGGUUGGGGGAGGACGAUUUGCACCCGGAGGAAGAGGGGGGUUACUUGGAAGAAGAGGGGGAGUACCCGGAGGAAGAGGGGGCAUACCCAGGGGAAAAGGUGGAGUACCCAGAAAAAGAAGGAAAAUUCCCAGAAGAAGAAGGGGAAUAUCCAGAGGAAGAGGGGAAGUACCCAGAGGAAGAGGGGGAGUAUCCAGAGGAAGAGGGGGAAUACCCAGAGGAAGAGGGGGAAUACUUGGAGGAAGAGGGGGAAUACCCGGAGAAAGAAGGAGAGUACCCGGAGAAAGAGGGGGAAUACCCAGAGGAAGAGGGGGAAUACCCGGAAGAAGAGGGGGAAUACCCGGAGGAAGAGGGGGAGUACCCGGAGGAAGAGGGGGAAUACCCGGAGAAAGAAAGAGAGUACUCGGAGAAAGAGGGGGAAUACCCGGAGGAAGAGGGGGAAUACCCGGAGGAAGAGGGGGAAUACCCGGAGGAAGAGGGGGAAUACCCGGAGGAAGAGGGGGAGUACCCGGAGGACGGGGGACAGGAAGGGGAGGAACCGGGGAUGCAGGAAAGGGAGGGGGGGCUGCAUGAGGAGGACGGCGCAGAGGGGGAGGCGGAGGAAGGAGUGUGGCGUGAAGGCGGCGACGAGGAGGAGGGCGCGAGGGCAGUGCUGUCGGAGGGGGAGGAGGAGCGCACUGAAGCAGCCGCGGAGGAGGGGCAGAGGGAGGAUGCGGGUACGGCGAGUAAGGGCGAGGGAGUUGCAAGCAGGGCACGCGGCGAGGAGAGUGAUGCAGAAGAUGCGGAUGAUGGGGGAGGUGGCGCCGCAGAGGUGGCGAGCGCGGAGGGCGAGGAUGAGCGGGGGGACGAGGGCGGCGAGCAGAGGGUUCGAAACGACGAUGAGGGCGCUGGGCUUGCGGAGGAGGAGAGGGAGGGGAGGGUGGGGGGAGGGGAGGAAGAGGUUGAGGAGCGUGGCGAGGAUGCUGAGGCAGACGGAAGGGACGUUGCAGGCCGCAGUGCUGGUGAGGGGAGCGACGAGGAGGGUGAUGGGCGCAGUGACGGUUGGCAAGGGUCACGUGGGAGGGCAGGCAGUGAGGACGAAGGGGGCGACGGGGAGAUGGGGAGGCGUAGAGCGAGUGAGGAUGGCGGGGAUGGGGAGGGAAGGGGAAGGCUGUACAGUGAUGAUGAUGAGGAGGAAGGGGGGUACGGUGGACGGCGAGGGGAGGGACGGGGCGAGUACAGCGAGGAUGAGAGGAGUGAUUACAGCGACGAGGGAGCGGGGCGAAGGGGAAGGCGACCCCUGUACAGUGAUGAGGAGGAUGAGGGCGCGCGCGGGAGAGAUGGGGAGCGGCCGCGGGGAAGAUACAGUGACGAUGAGUACAGUGAUGAGGACAGGGGGUACGGGCGACGCAGGGACAGGCGUGCUGGUGAUGAGGAUGAGGAUGAGGAUGAGGAAGGAGAGGGGUACAGGCGGAGAGAGCGGUAUAGUGAUGAGGAGGAUGGCGACGAGAGGAGGAGAGGACGCUACAGUGACGAGGAGGAGGAGGAAGAGAGGUACAGGAGGCGAGGGGAGAGGUAUAGCGAGGACGAGAGGUCGGAGGGUGCAGACGAGGAGGCCAUGGAAGGAGCAGAGGGGGAGGGAGCAGGAGGGGAUGGGGAGGGAGGUGCGGGUGCAGUGGAUGCUAAGGGCACAGGGGAGGGCGGCGAGGAAGAAGACACAGCUUCACAUGGCGCGGAGGGUGGUGAGAUGGUGGGGCAGGAGGACGAACGGCACAGCGAGGAGGACGAGCAGGGCGGUGAGGAGGAGGGGGGAGUGGACGGCAAGGCCACACGUCCCCAGGAGCGGAGUGAAGGGGAAGUGGACGCGGGGGAGGAUGCAGGCGAGGAAGGGACGGAUGCGCUUCAGAACGAAGGGGAGUGGGAAGGGAAGGAGAGUGCUGGGGAAGAGAAGAGAGGUGGGGCAAAUGACGUGAGUGGUGAGGAGGAAGAAGGGGUAGGAGGAGGCGCAUCUGGUGCUGAUUUUGGUGAGCUCAUGGGGGAGGAACGACAAGGGGAGGCGAAAAGGGACUUGCUCAGCGAUGGUGAGGAGGAAAGGCAUGCACACAGUGAGGAGGAGAGAGAUGUGUACAGGGACGAGGAAAGGGAUAUGCAUGGUGAGGAGGAAGAGGAUAUGUAUGGUGAGGGUGGUGCAGACAUGCAAAACGAGGAGGAGAGGGAUAUGUAUGGCGAGGAGGAAGGGGGAAUGCGAAGCGAAGAGGGGAGAGAGAUGUAUGGGGAUGGCGAAGGGGAAAUGCAAGGCGAGGAGGAAAGGGAAAUGCUAAGCGAGGGGGAGCAGGAUAUGUAUGGCGAAGAACCCGAAGGUGUCCAGAGGAGUGAGGAUGGGUUGAGCGAGGAUGAGUCUCUUCUGCGUGGUCGUGGUGGUAAAGCUGGUGCGUUCCGAAGCGACGCGGGAGAGGAGGCGGCAGAGGGUGAGGAGGCAGAAGGUGAGGAAGGUGGAAUUGAGAAAGGGACAUAUGGGGAAGGGGCCGACGAGGAAGGCAGUGACUAUAACGAGAGCCCCAGGGCUGAUGGAGGAGGUGGGACAGUGAGGGAGGAGGGGGACGAGGAAGAGCGAGAAGGAGAGGAGCAGGAGGAGAGGCGUGAGCCGGGGUUAGAGAGAGAUGAGGAGGAUGCAGCAGAAGAAGGGACCGAGAAGGGAGGGGCAGGAUCAGAUGAUGAAGGGAUGGAUGAGGAGGGAGAUGAAUAUAGAGAGGGAGACGAAGAGCUCUAUGACGAGGACGAGGAGCACGGGCUGACUGCACGCAUGCAGGGGAGGCGAGGAGGGAUGAGGGGGGAAGAGGAGGAAGAGGAGGAGGGGGAGGAGUUGUACGGAGGGUAUGGGGACGAGGAUGACCGCUCUCCACGUGAGUUUGGAGGGAGCGAAGGACUGGAGGGAGAGGAGGGCGAGGAGAGGGAUGGCGAUGGGGGGGAGGAGGAGCUGUACGGAGAGCAGCAUGAGGAGGAGGAGGGGGUGGGGGCGGGCGGAGAGACAGACGAUGUGUCUGAGGAGGGGUUGACACCAAGAGGGUUGAGGGGCAGUGAGCAGAUGAGCGUGGGGGAGGAAGAUGCAGAGGAGGAGGGGGAGAAGGGAAGGGCGAGUGUGAACGAGGAAGAGGAAGGCGCAGAUGAGAGAAAGGAUGUGUUGAGGAUGCCGGAUGUGCUUUCGGACGAGGAGGGCGAGAGGGAGGACGGGGAGACGCCCAGGCGUGCACGGCAGCGCGGAGAGGGCAGCAAGCACAAGGAGGAGGAGGAGGAUUUGGAGGAGGAGCGGAGGAAGGGAAGUGAAUGGGACAGCGAGGAGGAGAGAGUGAGGUCUGGUGCAGGCAGUGAGGAAGGGGGAACUCCAAGGGCGAUGGGGAGAAGGAGGAGGGGAGGGAGGCACCGAGAAGGGGAAGAGGAUGAGAGCGACGGCAGUGAGUAUGGCAGGGGGCUGCGAGGUGAGGGGUACAGUGAUGACGAGAGGUACAGCGGGCGGGGCAGUGAGAGGGGUAGUGAGAGGGGUAGGGGUGAUUACAGUGACGAGGAGAGGUACAGGCGGCGAUAUGGUGACGAUGAGGAGUUGAGUGACGAGGGCAGUGAGUAUGGGCGUGGGAGGGGGCCGGCCAGGGAUGGGUAUGGUCGCAGGGGGAGAGGGCUGGAGGGAGAGGAGGAGAGGAGGAGUGAGGAGGGGUCAGAGGUGGUGAGUGAUGUGGAUGGGGAGGAGGUGGUGGGCAGACGUAGCGAGAGUGGCGGAAAGGGUGCGGGGCAUGGGGUGGGUGGCGAGGAGGAGGCGGAUGGCGAGGAGGGGAGGGAGGAGGAAGCUGGUGAAGGAGGGGUUGAUGGGAUCCAGAAGGCCACAGAGGACGAGGAUGCGCGUGGGGACGAGAAUCAGGAGGAGGGGGAGGAGGACGGGGUGGGUGAGGGGAACAUAGAGGGGAAGAGGCGUGUACGGUUUACAAAGGAGGAGGAGCAUGAGGUGUGGGAGACAGAGCGGGCGAGCGAUGGCGAUGGGGACGAGGACGAGGAGGAGAUUGAUGAAGACGAUGGGGGCAGGGGAGCGAGCACGAGGCAGACGAGGGCAGAGGGGAGUGUGGAAGGGAGUGUGGAAGGGAGUGUGGAAGGGGAGAGUGAGGGCGAGGGGAGUGUGGAUGGGAAGCGGAGGGAGAGGCGGAUAGUGUGGCGAGACGAGGUGGGUAAUGAGUUGGAGGAUACGCAGCGAGGCGAGGAGGAUGAGCAGGAGGGCGAGGAGGGGCCGAGGGAGGAGCAUGAGUGGGGGAGCGAAGAGGAGGAGGAUGAGGAGGGCAGGGCGAGGGAGGAGCAGCGCAACAUGGGUCCGCAUGAGAUGGAGGAGGAGGAGGAGGGCGAGGAGGCGGGGAGCGGCGGGGAGGAGAACUGGCGAGAGGAGUUUGGGAGCGGCAGAGACGGUGAGGAGGACGAGGAGGAUGAAGAUGAGGAGGGUGUGGAGGCAAGGGGUCGAUUUGGCAGGGGGGAUGGUAGAGACGAGGAGGAGGAGGACCUAUUCCCUGUUGGGGGGUAUGGGGAGGACGAGGAGGAAGAGGAGGAGGAGGAGGGGGACGAGAUGCGGAGAGGGAAGGAGGAAGAUGAGGAUGAGAUGCCUUACACUCCCCAGACGCCUGAGUUCAUGGGACGUGAGCAGAUGCGCGGGGUAGGGUUUGCACGGCGAAGAGGCGGUGAUGCUGGUGGGCACGAGGAGGAUGAGGAGCGAUCAGAGAGGGACGACGGGUCGGACGUGCACGAGAGGGACAGUCGUGGGGAGGGGCAGGAAGGCGAGGAGGAGGGAAGUGUGGAGGGGAGUGUGAAAGGGUUGCGGGUUAUGAGGCGCGGGGUUGGGCUGCUUGGCAGCAGCACCAGCAUGGGAGAGAGCUCGGAAGGCGGCGACCUGUUCCCUGUGUACGAUGAUGAUGAGGGGGAGGGGGAGGAGGAGGAUGGGCAUGGGGAGGGAGGGAGGCGGCGAGGCGAGGAGAAGUUGAGUAUAGAGGACGGGGAUGAGUGGGACAGUGGCGAGGAGGGUGCGAGCGACCAUGGUGGCAGGCGGGUUGGACAGGGAGCAUGGCGGGGGGAAGAGAUGGGGGAGGACGAGGGUGGGGAGGAGGAGGAGGAAGGGGAAGGGGAGGGCAGGGGGGUGGAGACGGGUCCAAGCAGAGGAGCGAGUGUGGGCGCGGGCGGUGCGUUCCCCAGGUCGGCAUCGCAGAGCCUCCAGCGCAGCAGCAAGUACAUGCGCGAUGUGAUGCUCGAGAUGCAGGCUGACGAGGACGAGGCGGAGGGUAAGGGCGAGGAGCGAGAGGGAGAGGAUAUGGAGGGAGAGGAGGUAGAGGAGGGAGAGGAGGGGGACGAGGAGAUGGAGGCGAGAGCAGGGAGGUUGAGCGGCAGGGUGAGAAGGGAGGGAGCGCGGUCGCUGCUGCCCAAGUCGUCGUCUCAGUCGAGCAGUCUGCAGCGCAGCGGCAAGUUCGAGCUUGACUUCCUGCACGAGCUCGACGCCGAGGCUGGUGGCUUGGCACGCUCCGAUGAUGGUGAUGAGGAGGGCGAGUGGGAUGAGGAGAGGGAGAGGGCGAGGGAGGAGGAUGGGGAGGGGGGUGAGAAUGGCAGCAUGGGAGGGGCCAGUAGAGAGGAUGCAGCGGAGGAGGAUGAGGAAAGUGAGGGGGGAGGUGGUAGUGUGGGGUUGAGAGGGAGGAGUGAGGCGAGGAUGGGGGAGGGGGGUGAGAGGCGCGCGUCUGCGCGGUCGCUGUUCCCCAAGUCGGCGUCGCAGAGCCUGCAGCGCAGCAGCAAGUACGUGAGCGACCUGCUCAGCGACCUGGACCUGUAUGGCGAUGGCGCCGGGCAGGGCGCAGGCGAGGGCGCGCAGGGAGGGAAGGCGAAGGCGAGGGGUAGGGAGGCGAAGGGAGGACUGCAGCGCAGCAGCAAGUACCUGACUGGUGGGGGGAUGCACGAGAUGGGGGAGGAGGGCGAGGAAGGGGAGGAUGAGGUGGGUGGGGAGGAGAGAGGGGGCGAGUGGGGCAGGGGCAGGGGCGAGGAUGGCGGGCGGCAGGCGGCAAUGGCUCGCUUCCCCAAGUCGCAGUCGCAGAGCCUGCAGCGCAGCAGCAAGUACAUGAGCGACCUGAUGGGCGAGCUGGGCUUGCAGCGAGGUGGCAGUGGUAAGGUCGGUGAUGGUGGUGGCGCUGGCGCUGGUGGUGGGCUGAGGAGCCGCGCGUCUGGCGGGCUGGAGCGCAGCAGCAAGUAUGUGAAAGACUUAAUGGAGGAGUUGCAGGAGGAGGGGGAGCCAGGGGACGGGCGCGAGGAGGAGGAUGAGGAGGAGGAGGGUGGUGGUGGAUUUGGCAAUGGCAGUGCGAGAGGCAGCAGCGUGGGCGGGGGGGCAGGAGGGCUGCAUAGAAGCACCAAGUACGUGAAGGACCUGCUGUCUGACCUGGAUCUGUAUGAUGAUCACGUGGCUGCUGAGGCUGCUGCAGACGCUGCUGCUGCUCUCGCUGCUGCCAGGGGCGGCCGUGCUGCUGGGUCUGGUGAGGCGGAGGAUUAUUUAUCGGAGGAGGAAAGGGAUGGGCAAGAGCAGGAGGAGGGGUAUGGGGAGCAGGAGGAGUAUGGGGAGCAUGAGCUGGAGUAUGAGGAAGACGAGGAAUUCAGAGAGGAGGGGGAGGAGUAUAGGGAGGACAUGGAGGGGGAUGAGGAGGUAGCAGAGCGGGCAUGGGAAGCAGAGCAGCAGCAGCAGCAGAAGCAGAAGCAGCAGCAACAGCAGGCGUCGUCGCAGCAUGAGCAGUCGUCGCAGCUGGCGCGCAGCAGCAAGUACAUCUCGGACCUCAUGGACGAGCUGCGCGGCGAGGAGGACGAGCGCGAGCAGGAGGAGAUGCACGCCCGCGCCUCCGCCACCCAGGAAGGGCUGCAGCGGAGACCCAGCGGCAUGCAGGGGGGGCUUCGAGGCGGGCUGAGGCGGAGUGGUAACCACGUGGGCGACGUCCUGGCUGCCAUGGGGACAGAGGAGGGGGAUGCAGUGGGGGGCGCGGGGGAGAGGGAGGGGGAGGAGGAGGUGGAAGGGAUGUGGGAUGAGGAACGGGAAGAUUGGAAGGAUGGGGAAGGAGAGGAGGGUGAGGAGGGAGGGGAGAGAGAGGAAUGGGAGGAAGGGGUGGGGUAUGGGAGGAGGGAGGAUGGGCGGGGGUCGGAGGACGGAGAGGCGCUGAUGAGAAGCCCUCGCGGUGAGUGGGAGGGGGAGGAGGGCGAGGAGGGGGACGAGGGGGAGGAGGGGAGGAGGUUUGGUGAUGGGGAGGAAAGGGAGGAAGAGGAAUGGGAGGAGGGAGCAGGGUCACAGCAGGGAGGAGAGGAAGGAGAGGAAGGAGAGGAGGACGCGGGCAGGAGGAGGCGGACGAAAAUACAGUGGAAGGAUGAAACAGAGUGGAAGGGAGAUGGGGAGGAGGGUGGAGAGGAGUGGCAUGAGGAGGGGGGUGAGGAGGGAGAGUGGGACGGGGAGGGUGAGGAAGGGAGGUAUGGGCAUGGGGAUGAGGGGGAGGGGGUUGAUCUGUUCCGUGAAGGCGUGCAUGGUGGCAUGGGUGAUGAUGACGACAUGCGUGAUGGCGUGCAUGGGGGCAUGCGUGAUGGUGUGCAUGGGGGCAUGCAGGGCGAGGAGUGGCGCGAUGUCGAGGACGAUGGCGGGUACGGGCAGGGCGAGCGGGGGGAGAUGGCAGAGGAGGGGGAGGAGGGGGAGGAGGGCGAGUGGGAAGGGCAGGGCGCGAGGGGCAAGGGGCGAGGGCACAGGGGUGGGGACUCGGGAGGGAGCUUCGACUUUGGGAUGGGCUUGCAGGGAGGGGCGCAGGGCGAGGAGGGCGAAGAGGAGGAGGAGGAGAGGCGUGAGGCAGAGCUUGCGAUGAGAGAGGAGGGCUUUGGGGAGGAGGGCUUUGGGGAGGAGGGCGAGUACGAGGAGGGGCUGGAAGGGCAUGGCAUGGAAGGUGAGAGGGUGGGUGAUGGGGAGGCGGAGUAUGGGGAUGAGUAUGCGGGCCACGGGAAGGAGGGGUUUGAGGAGGGCGACGAGUACGAUGAGGGCAGGGAGGGGCUUGGUGGGGAGGGGGAGACUGGUUUUCUGGAGGGGGACGAGGGGUAUGUGGAGGGCGAGGACGGGUAUGUGGAGGGCGAGGAAGGUUACGUGGAGGGAGAGGAAGGGUAUGAGGAGGAAGGGUUUGAAAUGGGGCAGGAGAGGUACGGAGCAACCGGGGAGGGGUACGAGGAAGGGGAGCACAUGCAUGGCGAGGGGCACGCGGAGCUUGAUGGCAGUGAGGGGCAGGACGAGUUUGAGCAUGGGGAGGGCAGCGAUGAGCAUGCUGGUGCUGGGGGUGCUUACAGGCGGGGAGGCGGGGAGUAUGAGGAGGAUGAUGGGGCGUAUGAGGAGGGGGGUGAAGAGGGGUACGAGGGAGAGAGGCACGGGGUGCAGCAUGGGGGCUUGGAGUAUGGGGAGAUGGAGGGAGGCGAGGGGGAUGAGUACGAGGGUCACCCAGAGGACGAGUAUGGACCGCCUGAGGAGCAUGCGUAUGGGCAGGCGGGCGAGGAGGACUAUGAUGAGUACCAUGAGGGGCAUGGGCAUGGGCAUGGGGAUGAGGAGGGGCAUGGAUAUGAGAUGGAGGAUGGUGAGGGCGAUGAGUACGGGCAUGGGGGGGCAGAGGAAGGGGAGGAAGGCGAGGGGCAGGGCAUGGAGGGCGACUCAGACGAGGGGCAGGCGGCGCCGUACGACCACGAGGACCACGAGUUCUACCGCACACAGGACCACCGCGACGGCCACGAUGGCCACGACGAGGGCGGCAACGACUGGCUGCUUCCUCCUGGUGGGCGGCGGGGCUCGUCGGAGCUGUACCGGGGGCGCAGCCUGGGGCGUAUUGACGAGCAGGUGGUGGCGGGGGCGGGCAAGCAGCGGUCUGACCUGCACCGCGGGGGCAGCCUCAACCAGCGCGACGGGUCGUGGCAUGCACAGGGCGGGCACGGCUCUCAGGGAGGGCUGCGCCGCGGGCUGCGACGUGGCGGCAGCCUGAACCAGCCGGACGGCGACUGGGUGCAGGCGGGGCAGCCCUCGGCGCACAGGGCGUCCUCCCUGCGGCGGGGGAGCAGCCUCAAGUGGGCAGAUGAGGAGGAAGCAAAGGGGAGAGGAGGGGGGAGUGGGGGAGGAGCUGGGGAGAGUGCGGAUGGAGGGAAGGGGAGGGAUUUGGUGAGGGGGCGGAGUCUGGGGAGGACGGACGGGGAGUGGAUGGACCGGCGGGUGAACCGACAGCUGGACGAGCUGAUCCACAAGGAGGGUGUGCGCAUCGAGAAUGGCGUGCCCUCCCGCUCCCGCUCCCUGGGGCCGGGCGUGUGGAGCAGCCAUGACAGGGAGGAGGGGGAGGAGGACGAUGGGCAGGGCGAGGGCGGCAGCGGCAGGGGCAUGCGUGGGCGCGGUGGUGGUGGGGGUGGUGCAGCGGAUCAGUAUGGCGAUCUUGGGCCGUUCAAGCCGCGCCCGCCGUCGCGAUCCCGGUCGUCGAUUCCGGCGGAGCAGAUGGCAUCGACGGGCCUGAGGGGGUCGCGAUCAAAGUCGCUGGGCAAGAACGUGACGUGGGCCCUGGAUGAGAAGCAGAGUGACCGUGAGAGGGAGGAGGGCAGUGGCAUGUGGGCGGAGGAGGGGGGCAAGUGGGGCGGCGGACGCAUUCAAGAGGAAGAGGAGGAUGGAGAGGAGGUGGGGGAGGAGGACAGGAGAGUACAGGAGGAGGAUGGGUAUGGCGGGCGGGAGAGGGACGAGGAGGAGUACUUGGAAACUCUGCAGGAGGAGGAAGGGGAGGGCGAGGAGGAGGAAGGAGAGGAGGGAGAGGAGGAGGAGGACGAGGAGGAGCAGGAGCGGGUGGCGAGCAUCAAGUUCCAGGCGUCGCGGUCACAGUCGCUGGGCAAGGUGGAGGCGCACUCCAUGGCUCUGGGGCGCAUGGCGUGGCACGCGGGCGGCCAGGGGUACGAGGAUGAGCGGGCGGAGGGCGGGGACGGGGGCGAGGAGCAAGGGGGGUGGAGGCGGGGAGGGGCGAGGGGCAAGGCGAAGCCGUCGCGGUCGCAGAGUGUGACGGCGACGGAGCUGCUGCGCGCACAGGUGGGCGCGGGCGGUGUGGGGAAGUCGGAUCUGCUGCGCACCGACUCUGUGUUCGCCAAGCUGGAGCAGCACCUGGUGCAGCGGCGCGGACAGGCGGGGUAUGGGCAGGGGGAUGACGGGGAGAUGGAGGGAGAGGAGGGUGUGGAGAUGGAUGGGGAGUAUGGCGCGGGGGAGGAGGGCGUGUAUGAGCGGGAGAGGGAGGACGGGGAUUGGGAUGGGGAAGGGGAGGAGCGGAUGGAGGGCGAGGAGGAGUAUGAGGAGGGGCGGCAGGAGGAUGGAUAUGGCGAUGGGGAGGAGAGGUACGGUGAGGGCGAGGGAUAUGGGGAGGAGGGUGAGGGGUAUGGGGAGGAGGGAGAGAGGUAUGGGGAGGAGGGCGAGAGGUAUGAGGAGGAGGGAGAGAGGUAUGGGGAGGAGGGAGAGAUGUAUGGGGAAGAGGGAGAGAGGUAUGGGGAGGAGGGAGAGCGGUAUGGGGAGGAGGGCGAGGGAUACGGAGAGGAGGGAGGGUUUGAGGGAGAGGGUGAGUAUGGUGAGGAGGAGGGGAGAUACGAGGAGGGCGAGAUGGGGGGUGGAGAGGCGGAGGAUGAGGAGGACGAUCGCGAGCGACAGAUGGAGAGGGAGAGAGAGCUGGCGCUGGAGAUGGCAGCCGAGAUGGAUGAACGGCUGGAGAUGCGCAUGGACGAGGAGCACGAGGGGAUCAAUGGCCUGGAUGGGUUUGAUGACGAGCUGGACGGGGAGGGCAGCCUGGAGUUUGAGGGGCAGGAUGAGGCGGGGUCGCAAGAGCACGUGCAGGAGCAAGAAUACGAGCAGGAGCAGGAGGAUGAGGGUGAAUACGAGCAUGAAGGGCAUGGCAUGGAUGGGCAUGAAGGAGAGGAGGGCCAUGGGGAUGAGCAGGGGGAUGGGCAUGGAGAAGAGUACGAGGGCGAGUAUGACGGCGAGCAGGACCACAUGUUGGCAGGCGGGGAGGGCGAAGGGCUGCUGGACGAGGUGGGUGAGGAGGUGCUGCACGCGUGGCGCCUGCCGUCCAUCGGCCCGCGCGCCCCCCUGGGGUUCAACCUGGACGCCAUGCACAUGCCGCCCUCGCCUGCUGGCAAUAGCCCCAUGGGCAGCCCCCUUGGCAGCCCCUUCGGGCACGGCGCCCUGAGCAGCCCCCUGGGGGGCUUUGGCUCCGUGGCAGGGGGGGAUGAGGGCGGGCGGGCCGAGGGGCAUGGCGGCAUGGCGCAUGGUGGCGAGCUGGAGCACGUGCAGGAGGGCGAGGGGGAAGGGGAGGGGGAGGGGUAUGGGGAGGGGGAGGGGGAGGGGUAUGGGGAGGAGGGACAAGGGGAGGAGGGGUAUGGGGAGGAAGGGCAUGAGGAGGAGGGGUAUGGGGAGGAGGGGUAUGUGGAGGAGGGGCAUGGAGAGGAGGGGUAUACGGAGGAGGGCCAUUUAGAGGAGGGGUAUGAAGGAGAGUUUGGUGAGGGCGAAGGGUAUUACGAGGAGGGGGGUGAAGGUGCUGGGGGGGAGUAUGGUGAAGGGCAGGAGUACCAUGAUGGGGAGGGGGGGUAUCAAGAGGUGGAAGGGCAGUACGAGGAGGGGGAGGGAGGAUAUGCGGAAGAGGGACAGCAGUUUGUGGAGCAUGAAGGAGGUGAAUAUGGGGAAGGUGAUUAUAACGAGGGUGAAGGGGAGUUUGAUGAGCAGCAGGAGUAUGAUGAGGGGCAGCAGUACGCAGCAGAGGGGCAGGGGCACGUGGCUGACGGGGAAGGGGGGUUCCACCCAGGCGAUGGGCAAGCAGAGGGCGGGGAAGGGGGCGGUGCUGAUGGGGAGUAUGGCAAGCAGUAUGAUGGGGAGCACUAUAACGAGGAUGAUGGAGGAGAGGGUGGGUUCGGUGGAUUUCAAGUGGGCGAGGAGGAGGGAGGGGAGGGAUGGGAGGGCGAGGAGGGAGGGCAGGGAGAGGGGUAUCCAGAUGGGGAGGGGUAUGGGGAAGGGGAGUACGGUGGUGAGGGGGGCUAUGACGGGCAUGCACAGGGGGGCCAGAUGGAGGGAGGGGAGUUUGAGGGCUUUCAAGGGCAAGGCGAGGAAGAGAGCGGUUAUCAGGAGGGGCAGUAUGGGGAGGGGGAGGGGGAGGGGCAGUAUGGGGAGGGGGAGGGACAGUAUGGGGAGGGAGAAGGACAGUACGGGGAGGGGGAGGGACAUUAUGGGGAGGGAGAAGGGCAAUUCGGGCAAGAAGAUGGGCAAUAUGGUCAGGAGGAGGGGCAAUUCAGGCAGGGAGAGGGCCAAUUUGGGCAGACGGAGGGGCAAUUCGGGCAGGGAGAGGGGCAGUAUGGCGAAGGGGAUUAUGGGAAGGAGGGUGAUUGGGGCGCAGGUGACUACCAUGAGGGCGAGGGUGAUUAUAACGAAACUCAGGAUGGGUAUGUGGAAGGUCAGAACCAGUUUACUGAGGAACACGGGGUGUAUGGGGAGGGGCAGUUUGAAGGGCAAGGGCAUUACGGGGAGCAAGGGCAGUACGGAGAGGGUGAGUACAGAGGAGGAGAGUACAGAGGAGGAGAGUAUGCGGGGGAGGGAGAGUAUGCAGAGGCAGGGGCGCAUGAUGGUGGACUGGGAAGCAGUCAAGGUUUUGCAGGUGAGCAGCAGCAGCAGUUUCAACAGCAGCAGCAGCAGCAGGAUUGGCAGGGAGGAGGAGGCGAGGGCAGUGGGGCAGGGGGCACGGGCGCCGGUGGGGAGCAGCUGGAUAGCACGUUCGAGUUCAUGCAGGGCGCGGUGGGGGCGCAUGAGGGAGGCGAGGGGCUGCAGGAGGGGCAAGGCGGGGAGGAGGACAUGGGACAGGACGAGGGAGAGUAUGAGGAUGAGGAAGAGGAAGAUGAGGGAGAGGAGGGUGAGGACGAGGAAGGUGAAGAGGAAGAGGAGGAAGAGGGGGGUGAUGAGGACGAGGAGGAAGGAGAGGAGGGAGAGGAAAGUGGCGGGUUUGCAUUUAAUGUUGCAGGUGAAGAUGCGGAGGAGGAAGAAGAUUAUGAGCUAGGAGAGGAAGGGGAGGAAGAGGAGGAAGAUGAGGAGGAAGAUGAGGAGGAAGAGGAGGAAGAUGAGGAGGAAGAUGAGGAGGAAGAGGAGGAAGAGGAGGAGGAAGAUGAGGAGGAAGAAGAGGAAGAGGAGGAGGAGGAGGAAGAAGAGGAGGGAAGUGAAGCGGAGGGUGUUAGUGAUGAGAACGGGGGAGAGGAGGAUGAAGAGGAGGAUGAGGAGGAGGAAGAGGACGAGGAUGAGCAUGAGGAAGAUGAGGAAGAUGAAGAUGAGGAGGAGGAGGAAGAGGAGGAGGGGGCGGUGAUCGACAUAUUUGGGACGGGCAUGGCGGAGGGCGGGUCGCAGGGUGUGGUGGGCGCGCUGGGGGGGUCCAAAGGGCUGGCCCUGCUGCUGCAACAGCAGCUUGCCGCCGCACGCGCCAAGGCCAUGGGGGGAGGCGAGGGUGGUGUGGUGGCAGGCAGCGAGGAGGAGAGUGAGCUCUCCACGCCCUAUGACACGGAUGCAGACCUCGAUACAUCGGACUCCAACACAUCAGGCAACCGCCGCACCGCCAUGCUGCACCACGCCGACCCCUCCGCCACCUCCGCCGCCGCUGCAGCGGGCAUGGGUGUGUUCCCGGCGUUGGGAGCCGGGCUGACAGCAGCCAGUGCAGCGCGCAGCAGCCGGUCGGGUGCAGCCACGGGUGCGGGUCGCGGUGCUGCCGGCACAUCACGGCGAGCGGCAGCAGCGGCACGGCAGCGGGGGGGGGCAGCGAGUGGGGCGAGGCUGACGGCAGAGUGUCUGCUGGGCGUGCUGUCGUUCCUCGACUCGCCUCACGACUGGAUCAGCUUCUCCUGUGUCUGCCGCGCCUGGCGCCAGGUGGCACACCAGGGUCUCACGCGGCUGAAGCUACCUAGGGGCAAGCGGGUGAACGCCAUGGGGCUGCUGAGGGCGCUCUCCUACUCGCGCACCCUGCACUCGCUGCUGCUGCCCUCCGCUGCCCUCGACGCGCCCGUCUCCGACGACUUCCUCUGCACCAUCGCCUACACGUGCCCGGCCCUCACGCACCUUGCCCUGGGCCCCGACCCCGACCUGGGCUUUGCGUACGGCCCGCACGGGCUCUCCACGCUCUUCAAGGGCUGCUCGCUGCUGCAGCGCCUCUCCAUUGAGGCCACCCCGCCCCGCACCGCCUUCUCCGGUGCUGCUGCUGCUGGGUCCGUGGUUUCGGGCAGCGAUUCGGCCAGUGGCAUACAGCUGAAGCAGCUGAUGAAGAUUCUUUUUGCCCCGGGCAGCUUGAUGCCGCCAGGGGUGGGUGCGGGUGCGGGGAGCGGGGAAGUGGGAGGGGCGAGUGAGGGCAGCACCAGCAGUCCUCUGCUCUUCGCUGCUGGCGGGGGCGCCAUGCCGCGCGGCUACCCUGGCGACGGCACUCCCAUGGGAGGGGCAGGCGCACAGGGAGGGGCAGCAGGUGCAGGAGCAGCAGGCCGGGGGAACAGGGCAUCUGACAUGGCGGGGAGCAUAAUAGGCGGCACCAUCACGGGCACCAUAGCGGAUGGGCUCAUAGGAGCCGCCAGCGGCAGCACCUCCCUCGUCGGCCGCAUUGCCAGCAGCGCUGCAGGCGCCCUCAUCUCCGACAGCUGGCGCUCUCUGGUUGGUGGGGACGCAGCGGGUGCGGGGACAGGAGCGGGGGGGAGAGGCGGGUGGUGGACGCCACAGACGGGCAUCAUGCCGGGCCUCUCCCACUCCUCCACCUCCGCUGCUCCCACUGCCUACGGCCUGGGAGGGCUGUUCAGCAGCUUCGGCAGCAGCAACACUGGCAGCAGGGGCGGCAUGGGCGGGCUGCCAGCGGGGGUGAGCAAGAGCGUGGCGGAGCUGCUGCACGACUCCGUGCCAAUCCGCCUCGCCACGCCCGCCAAGUCCAACCUCCUCCUCCACUCCUCCCCUGACCUGGGCCGGUCCAAUCUCAGCCCUGCGCGGGCCAGGCCUGCAGGUGUGGCGUUUGGGUCAGGGGCGUGGGCGGUGUGUGGCAGCGUGGGGAAGAGCAGCAGCGAGGGCGGCCUAGCAGGGAGACCGGGGAUGGGAGGUGGGGUGUCAGGAGCUAAGACAGGAGGAGGGAUGGGAGGAGCAGGGGAGGAGGGCGAGGCACAGGGGGUGGUGACUGUGAUAGACAUCCCUGAGUCGCUGGGGCUGCUGCAGCACCUGCGCCAGCUGUCGCUGCACAUCAACAACCCGCGGCAGCAGGUGCGCCUGCCCGACUCCAUCGGCCGCCUCUCCCUGCUGCACGACCUGCACCUCGCCUUCCCCCUGCCCGCCUUCGUGCCGCCCUCCCUGUGGUCGCUGCCGUCGCUGCAGCGCCUGUCCCUGGCGGGGUGGAAGGGCCUCGCCUUCCUGCCCAACUGCCUGGACGACCUCUCCAGCCUGCGCUCGCUGCACCUGCGCUGCCACGACCUGCUCGACCUCCCGCCCUCUGCCGCGCGCCUGCAGCACCUCACAGAGCUGCUGUGGGAGACACCGCGCCGUGGCAAGGACCAUGGGGAUGCUGUUGGGGGUGGAGGUGGGGGUGGGGGUGGGAGUCUGUUUGGGGAUCACUACCAGCACCAGCAGCAGCAGCAGCAGUCGCUGGAUAGUGCGUCGGUGCCGCCAUCGCUGGGUCUGUUCACGCAGCUGCAGCACCUCACGCUGCGCAACGCCACCUUCCUGCCGGACGACCUGCAGCUGCUGGCACCCAGUCUCACGCACCUGCAGGUGUGGGGCGCCCACGGCCACCUGCGCUUCCUCCCGCACUCGCUGCUGCGCCUGCGCCGCCUGCACCACCUCGACCUGCGCGGCGCCUUCUCCCUCGUGCCACCUGGCAUCGGCUGCCUCAAAGAGCUGACUCAGCUCUGCCUCGUCAGCGGGUCGCUGGAGAGCCUGCCGCCGUCCAUGGCUGAGCUGGCGAGCCUGGAGGAGCUGCGAUUGGACGGGUGCUCGGGCGAUCUGCAGCUGCCCGACAUGCUCUUUGCCCGCCUCAAGCGCCUGCGCUCACUCUCCCUGCCCACCAAUGCCGCCUCCACUGUGCCGCGCGGACUCACCCUGCUCACCUCGCUCGCCUCCCUCUCCAUCGAGUGCUCUGCCUCCGUCCCCAUACCCCAACCAGCCGCCGCUCUUGCCAUCCCCGACCCCCUGCCGCUCACGCCUCCACCGCCCCCAACACCUGCCGCUGCCAUCUUCAGCGCCCUCGCUGCCUCCUUCUCCCCACCACCACCUUCUCGAUCCCGCUCGCCACACCGCUCCCCCUCACCCAUCCCCUCCAUGACCCCCCUCCCUCCUCCCUCCUCUCCUCUCACCGACUCCUGGGACCCAUCCCGCCUGCCGCCUGCACCCACCGCCCUGCCGUCCACAUCGGUGCUCCCUCUGGCCUUUGGCUCGCUGGCCAGUCUGCGCUCACUGCGUCUGCUGUGCCCGCACGUCACGGCCCUGCCGCCCACCUUCGUGGCGCUGCCCCGCCUGGAGGACCUGCAGCUGCGCUUCUCGGGGUCGCUGCCGCGCUCCUUUGGCGCGCUCACAUCGCUGCGCUCGCUCGUGCUCGACAGCCCCAAGCUCUACGCGCUGCCCGAGUCCAUUGGCAACCUCUCCCUGCUCACCUCACUCACGCUCGCCUGUGCGCACCUCACCCUGCUGCCCGUCUCCAUCGGCCAGCUCACAGCGCUGCGCUCGCUCAAGAUCCUCCAGUGCCACUGCCUCGAGUCCCUCCCCUCCUCCCUCUCUGCCUUGGCCAGCCUCUCCCUCCUUGACGUCUGCUGUGACAAUCUCAACUGGCUGCCCGUGUCGUUUGGCCGCCUGUCUGCACUGGAGGAGCUAUCCCUGGCAAGCAAGAACCUCACGCAGCUACCCGAGAAUUUUGGGCAGCUGCAGCACUUGCGCCUGCUGCGGCUCGACUGCCCGGCGCUUCAGAACCUGCCCGCAACGUUUUGGCAGCUGCCGGGGUCUAGCUCUGACUGUCCUCGCCCCACCCUUCCUCGAGUGGUUGUCCCUACCUUUCCCGAGCGUAACCGCCCGCAGGGACAGACCAAGCGCAACGCCGAUGCUGCCCCGCCAAGUCCUCGCCACCGCAUGAUGAAACGCCAGCGGAAUGCCAUCACCGCGAAGGAGAAACUCCACUGGUUGAAGAUGCAAGACUCCCAGCCCGACCUCUCUAAUCGCGUGCUGGCGAAACUCGCGAACGUGCAGCCCUGCCAGAUCCGCGAAUGGAAGAAGAUGCGGGAGCGGCUGGAGGUCGCUUCCAGCUGCCGCCGUCGCCUCCUGGGGCAGGGGCGCAAGUCCAAGUACCCGUUCAUGGAACGGGCUGUCUACCGCCAGUUCCUGAAGCACCGGGCGAAGGGCCUUGCCGUCACGGUCAGCAUGCUCCAGAAGUGGAGCGCCAAGUACAUGAAGCACAGGAUGCACGUGGUCAACUGGCACGCUUCGUUCCGGUGGGCGACUCGUUUCCGCGCGCGCUGGCAUUUGGCGAGGCGGGUGAAGACGAAGAUGGGACAGAAGCUGGCUGCGGGUAAGUGA